CUGCUUUUCUGAUUUAGAUGCAAGGGAAGUUGUAAAAAAAUGCAAAAAAAGAAAAAAGAAAACAGAGAGAGAUAGUGGUGCUACACAGGGAAGGGAAGGGAAGGGAGUGUUGGGCCACGCAAGGCAAGUAUUAAUGAAGUCUCUCUUCCUGCUUUUCGGUUCCUCUCUGUCUCUUCUUUGCAGUCAUGAAAAGAUAAACCACGUCUUUAUAGGUUCUUAAUGUUGCUUACAAGGAGAAGCAGGUCGCAUUAGAGAGGGGCAUGCAUAUUCAAUCCAAUGGCGGAUUCUGAUACAGAGACUAAUUCUCAACCCGAUACAUUCAGUCUGAGACAUUUAAGGAGCUCAUUUUUCAAUAUUCCUGGUUUCUUUGUAGGGUGUGGUUAUAGAGGUUCACAAGAUUUUGACUCAGUCAGGAGUCCGCAAUCUCCACUUGAUUUCAGUUUUUUCACAAAUCUUAGCAACCCAUUUAGCAAUAGGUCCCCCAGAUUGCCUUGCCAAAAUGUCCAAAAGAAAUGGGACUGCAACAAAGUAGGUCUUGGCAUAGUACAUUUACUUGUUGAUGAAACCAAACCUACCGGUGAAGUUCUUGAUUCAGAUAAGAGAAAGACUAUAAUUUUUGCACCACAAGUGAAGACCUUUUCUUCUGUGAAAUCCAAUUCUUUACCGAGAAACUACACAAUUUCACUAUCCAGAACCAAGACUUCCAGUCCCCGACUAGGUAAAUCAGAUGGUGCCUUUGGGAGUGAGGGAGUGCUAUUAGAAACUAAACCGUUUGAAAGCUCUUCUGUAAUUGGCUUAGCAACUUCCAAACCCAACUUGAGUUCCCAAAAAUUCUAUUCAGAGAAUAGAACUACUAGCACAAGAAGUUUCCCGCUGGAAAUCUGUGAUUGUUCACAAACAAACAAAUCUUUGGUGAUCAAACCGAAUUCACUUCCCAUAACUGUUGGCUCUGGACAAGGAUAUGUAGGUUCUCUGUCUGCACGUGAGAUUGAGCUAUCUGAGGAUUAUACCUGUAUAAUUUCCCAUGGUCCAAACCCUAAAACAACUCAUGUUUUUGGUGACUAUAUUUUGGAAUGUCACUCAAAUGAGUUGUCCAAUUUUGACAAAACAGAAAAUCCGGGGAUCAAAUUGCCUCAAGAAGCUAAGCACCCAAAGCAUCCAACCCCUUUUCCACCGGAUGAGUUUUUGAGCUUCUGUUACUCUUGCAAAAAAAAAUUGGAGAAGGCAGAAGACAUUUAUAUGUACAGAGGUGAGAAAGUAUUUUGCAGUUUUGAUUGCCACUCUGAAGAAACUUUUGCUGAGCGGGAAACAGAGAAAACUUGCAACAAAUCCUCCAAAAGCUCUCCCGGGUCAAGCUACCAUGAAGAUGUUUUCCUUAUGGUUAUGCCUAUAGCUGAAUAACAUGACUUCCCCCAGGGUCUCAUGUCUCAAUGAUAAACAAAUGGAUCAUCUGUUCAUGAAGAGCUGUUUAUGUUGUUCUGUUUGCAGCCAUGGAUGAUUACAAAUGCGAAUCAUGCUGUUUUAUGAUUUUCUUUCGGGUAUCAUGGUGUUGGUGAGUCCUGGAUAGGAACAGCAUACAGUUUCUUCUCAUUGAAAGUUAUAUUUGCUUAUUUUUAUUAGAUGUGUUAGAAGUGGCCAAGAGCCUUCACCCAUCGGCUUUCUUUUCAUUUUCUUUAAUUUCCUGCCUUUAUUAAUAACGCAUGUAGCUGCCUUCUUAACUUGUUGAUUCAUCAGUGAAUGCUCGCAACUUUUACAUAAUGAAAACCGUUCUAUCUUGUAUUUUAA